AUGUAUGACCUAAAUGAUAUGAACAAGCCAGUUGCAUGUGUAUUACGAGAGUGGACCAAGACUUAUGGCAGUGUCUACGGCAUCCAAGAGGGUCUCAGAAGAACGUUAGUUGUGAGCGAUGUUGGAAUGAUUCGCGACUUGUUCAUCAAGCAGUAUGACUACUUUCAUGGCCGGAAGGUAAGUGUUCUUAACGAGCUACCAUACCAGUUCGCCUCCACCACCUCCAAGAAAUUCCAAACACCGUUUAGACUUCGCGAUGGUGCGCUGUAA